GAGGAGGUGUAGCGAAGCGCUCGGACGGAGCAUCACACUCUGGAUCAGAGCGGCGGAUCAGGAAGAACGAAAUCGAGAAGAGUUCUGUAAGAGAGUCAUUUGAGAUUAAAACAGAAGUUUUGCUCCGUGCGGUCAUGAGGAGUUGAGAGAGGAGCUUUGUUAAGGCGAGAUUGUGUCGUGUUGUUGCGUCUCUCUUCUCUCCACGACUGACCUCGCGUGUUUUUCUGCCCAGAUGUUAGUACACACGUAUUCCUCCACGGACCGCCAUGACGGUGUACCGAGCCACAGUUCCAGACUGUCCCAGCUGGGCUCGGUCUCUCAGGGUCCGUAUUCCAGCGCUCCACCACUCUCUCACACACCUUCCUCGGACUUCCAACCGCCGUACUUUCCCCCGCCGUACCAGCCGCUCCCGUAUCACCAGAGUCAGGACCCGUACUCACACGUCAGUGAUCCGUACUCUCUGAACGCCCUUCACCAGCCACAACAGCACCCAUGGGGCUCCCGUCAGCGGCAGGAUGUGCAUGGCACGGAGAGCGGAGCUUUACUGCCGCAGCCUAGAGCUUCUUUACCGCAGCUCUCCGGUUUGGACCCCCGGCGGGACUACUCGACCAUGCGCCGACCGGACGUGCUGCUCCACUCACACCAUGGGCUUGAGGCGGGGAUGGGAGACGGUCUGUCCCUGCAUGGCCUUGCGCACGGAAUGGAGGAUAUACAGGCUUUGGAGGAUGCAAACAACGGGAUGAACAUCCUGGAUCAGUCAGUCAUUAAAAAAGUUCCAGUUCCACACAAGAGCGUUGCUUCUCUCAUGAUGAACAAAGAUGGUCUUAUCGGCGGGAUCACCGUGAACGCCAACGAGGUCUUCUGCUCGGUGCCGGGUCGCCUGUCGCUUCUCAGCUCCACGUCCAAAUAUAAAGUGACGGUUGGCGAGGUCCAGCGGCGCCUCUCUCCGCCAGAGUGCCUGAAUGCCUCUCUGCUCGGUGGGGUUCUGAGGAGAGCCAAGUCGAAAAAUGGAGGUAGAUCACUGAGGGAAAAGCUGGAGAAAAUCGGCUUAAAUUUGCCCGCGGGGCGACGCAAAGCAGCGAACGUCACUUUACUGACGUCUCUUGUAGAAGGGGAAGCUGUUCAUUUGGCUCGGGAUUUUGGCUACAUUUGUGAAACUGAAUUUCCCACAAAGGCCGUGUCUGAAUAUCUGAACAGACAGCACACAGAUCCCAACGAACUGCACUCACGAAAGAACAUGCUGCUCGCCACAAAGCAGUUGUGUAAGGAGUUUACAGACCUGUUGGCUCAGGAUCGUACGCCACUGGGAAACUCUCGGCCUUCGCCCAUCCUGGAGCCAGGAAUCCAGAGCUGCCUGUCACACUUCAGCUUCAUCACACACGGCUUUGGUUCUCCAGCCAUCUGUGCCGCCCUCACGGCUUUGCAGAACUACCUGACUGAAGCCCUUAAAGGUCUCGACAAGAUGUUCCUGAACAACCCCACUUCCAACCGACACACACCUGGAGAUGGACCCGGCUCUAAAGGUGGUGAAAAGGAGGAAAAGCAUAGGAAAUGAAUUGUGGAAAUACAUCAAGGAAGGAGGGGAUUCAAACAUCACUGGAGAUGUUCAGAGAUUCUAUAAACUAGUUUUAUGACAUUGCGUUUUACAUUCUGGUGUGAAAUGGAAAACAGAUUAUGGAAAAAUGAAAGGAAUGCUACAUUAAUAGAGACUGGAGGACACAUCUCUGCUGUGACACGUUCAUCAUCUUCAUCUCAUCAUGUGCAAAUGUUUGAGGAGUGUGUGCGGGUGUGCUUUUGUGUAUAAAAGUAUGACAUAUUACGGCUCUCCAUUAGACACAUGCUCAUGAAUUUGAUAACUGAUAUUUGAGUGUUCAUGAGUGCAAUGGUCAGCAUGCAGAAGGACAGGUUUGCUCUGAAUAUCGUUGGGUCCACAUUUAACUUCUAUAUUAAAUUAUACAAAAUUAUAGCAACAAUUCAUACAACAAUCAUGCUAUCAAAAAAUGGUUGUCAAAUUAACAAUGUGCUCCUCAUAAAUUUCAAAGGGAGACAAUGUGUUUCAAAUAUAACAGAUUUAGUAAUAAAUGCAGCAAUGAUAUUAUGAGCGUUAGCCAAAAAGAGGCUGUAAAUGUGAAAAAGUGUCAUGCUAGUGUCAUGCUCCAACUGCUACAGCUGUCCAUAUACAAUACACACACCAUAUUUUUAUAAUCACAGCUUUUCCUCAAUUAAUCCAUUCAUAAACAUAGAAUAAGUCAAACUUUUGACCUAAGAUUUUUUGUUUUUCUCUUAAAACAACCUGGGCCAUUUUCAGUGGCUUAAACAGGGGUGUAGAUUCCGGCGGGGAUGGUGGGAGGUAACCCCCCUAAUAAUCAAAACAAGCCCAUGAUCAAUGGAGACAUGUAAAUGCUUCAUGCUGCAACCCCAACAAUGUCCAAGCCAAAUCUACAACUUUAGGCUUAAAUGUUCCGAAAUUUACAGUAUAGAGCAAUUCGGUUGUAUUUCUUUGUAUUUAAAAAUGCUGUUGCUUGUGCCGUCUUCAUUUCUGUGAAAAUGUGAGGACAUUUUCAGUGAGUGAGCCUACUUUAAACAUGGCAAUCAAGUUGGUUGACCAACUGAAAUCAUUAUUGUUUCAAUGAUAUUUCAUCUAUUGCUUCAACUAUUUACUUAAUAGGCCUACAUGCAUUUGCACAGACCAAAUCAUCAUGGACAAAAAUCACGUUUUAUGGCCUAAAUAUUGUUUAUUUGCUUUAAAAACCUUCAUCUGAAUGGAAGCUUGCUUUGACCAUGGUGUCGACAGCAUCACACAAAGACUUUUGAAAACAGCCAUAAAAAUUGUCCAUAAUUUUAUAGACAUUCUUAUAGGCUGAAUAUAACUGAGGUAAUGGCAGGUGACUGCGCGUACUGGAACACGGCCACGCGCUCACCUCAUUCUGUGCUCGUGGGCGCGCAUUUUCUCAGUCCCGGAAGCUGGACUUUGUCAAAUGUAUUAUUUGAUAUACUCUGUGUGAGGAAGGCUCUUUUAUUUAUGUUUGUAUAUAUUUAUUUAUGCUUAAUUUAAUGGACGUUUGUACAUAGGAACAGACUGGGUCGUUUAUUCGUGACUGUCUCUGUGCGUGGGUGAACGCUUGGUUUAGAUAGCAUCUUGUAUUUUUAUGUUUCAUAGAUAGGCCUACGGUGUCAUGUGGUGAAGGGUAGAAGUUGGUUCUUGUCUGGUGAUUUUCAUUUACCUCGA